UGAGUGUGUGCGUGCUCUCUCUCUCUGUACUCUGUCUCUCCUCGCUCUCUCAGCUCAUGCGUUCAGUCUCGUUUCUUUACGCCGGGGGGCUCGGCUGGUCUUUACGUCCGGGAAAAGAGCGUGAGAAAGCGAAAAAGGUUCUCUUAGGGCAUCGUCGUUGUUGGUCUGGGACCCAAACAUGGACAGAGGACUCUGACAGAGGUGCACAAAUCUUAGCUGAGGAUUUAAACUCACCUGGAUGAACUCCGAGUCGGACAAAAGAAAACCUGAAAGCGAAGCCAGGAGAAACUUCAAGGAGCGUUCAAAAAGCCAAAUUUGUGUUAAAGACAGAAUAUAACAACUUGUAAUGAGAUUCACUCCAGACAAAGCCCAGCCAGGCCAUGCUCACGCCAUGACCACUACAAUGGUUCGGUCUGUACUGUUGACAGUCCUGAUGCUUAUUUUCCUUGUACCCCAUGGUGCACAGUGUUUAGAGCCUGAGGAUGGAGCCCCUCGUCAUUCAGGUGCCCUGGACCUCCCGUGGCAGGAUGAGCUGUGCUGUGACUCACCCUCAGCCCACCUCCCUCUGGAGCAAGAUGACACUCUCACACCGGGGACAAACCGCUCUGAAUCAAACCUCCCACACAAUCCCCUGUGCAGCUUUAAGGGCUCGACUAGCGAAUCACAUCCACGUGGGCCCUCUGGCGGCACCUGUUUGGAUAUACUUUGCAGAAUUGAUGACAACUGGGAAAACUUGUCAUGUGAUCUUCAGUCUCAUGGUUCACCAUCAACAGCGCUGGAUGCUGGUCUUAUGGCAGUUAGCUUACAGCAUCUGUUAUCCCAGAAAGACGACACAGAGUUGAACGGUGGUAACACUUCACCUGAUAACCCUGUCAUCUGUGAGGCAGAGGAUUCCUUCAUGUGUUCAGUCGCUCUUGACUCUAAGACAAGCUUUGUCACUGCGGUAACCGUCAGCAUCUCAGACGCUGUCGCUCCUCCAGUUCUACUCAGGAUUCCUGCCCGACCCGUGAAACCCAGUCCUCCAGUCAACCUGUCACAUAUUCAAACCAUUGAGGCAGAACUGAUUUUACAGUGGGACGACCCGUCCGACUAUGACACGGGCCCGCUGAGAUAUGAAGUCCGACACACAUCCAACACCACUCAUCCAACCUGGCAGGUGGUGUCUGCACCUGGAGAGCCCAGAUUGUCUCUGGAGCUGAAGCCCAGACUAAACUACACCAUCCAGGUUCGCUGCUCCAGCCUGGAGAACCCUCCAGUGUGGAGUGACUGGAGUGAGCCGCACCACAUCUACCUGGACACGGUGAGCUACAUCCCUGAGAAAGUUGUGGCACGGCCGGGGGAGAACGUUACAGUGUACUGUGUGUUCAACGACCACACAAUCAACGCCAGCACGGCCAUGUGGAUGCUCAACUUCCAACACCGGCUUCAUAGCAGCCAGUAUCACCCAGUUAACCAGUGGGUCAGCCAGAUCACAGUGCGUCCUUCAAAAAAUCGGAUGUACGAUCUGCUGCAGUGCACUCCGGAGUGGACCCUCCCCUACAGCCAGAUCUAUGUAGAAGGAGCGUCCAUUGAUAUACACUGCGAAACCAACGGUGACAUCGAUGCGAUGGACUGCAGCUGGAAAAACACACAGUGGACUAGACCCAAGUUUAGAUCCAGGUGGGCUCACCUGACAUGUGAUCUGAUGGAGGAGAGGGAACGAGCAGGGGAGAAAGUGGGGGAGAUGGAGCCUGCAUGCUUUCAGGUCCAGUCCAGGCAGAAAACCUGCACCAUCCAGCCUCUGAGGAUGAACUGCUACAAGCUGUGGCUGGAGAUCCCAUCCAGACUGGGCCCCAUCAGGUCUAAACCCAUCUACCUGUCACCCAUAGAUCAUGUGAAGCCCCACGCACCCACCAAUGUGAAGGCAGUGAGCCGAAGCAGCGGGGUCCUGAUGGUCACAUGGGAGCCUCCAUCUCUUCCGGUUUAUGGGCUCCAGUUUCAGUUUCGGUACCACCUGCCCUCAGCUGUGAGAGCCCAACCGGAGUGGAAGGUCCAGAGUCCAGUGCGAGUGACGUGGGCAGAGGUCACGGUGUCCGACAUGUGUCGGGUGUAUGUGGUACAAGUACGCUGCAAGCGCAUCAACGGCACCGGCUCCUGGAGUGAAUGGAGCGAUGCAGUCUACUCCACACCCCAGAACAGCAGAACUCCUGAGCGAGGCCCUGAUUUCUGGAGAAUUCUUCAAGAUGAUCCAUACAGAAACCAGACAAAUGUCACUUUGCUUUUUGAGCAUCUCCAAAUGUCAGGACGUUCUUACUGCAUUGAUGGAUUUAUAGUCCAGUACCAGGCCUCAAGUGGCUCUGUGAUCAGAGAGCAGAUCGAGCUGGCGUCCUCCUACAGCUUUGAGUGGAACCAGGUGCCCCAAACUGUGACUGUGGAGGCCUACAAUAAUCUGGGCAGCUCCGCUAUUAACUUCAACAUGACGCUGGAGACACAGCCCAAACGCCGCUGUGUGCGUUCUUUCAGCGUGUUAGUCAUCAACAGCACCUGUGUGUCUCUGUCCUGGAGUCUGCUGGACAACAACUCUGUGCCUCUGUUCAUGGUGGUCCAGUGGUUUCCACAAAGGCAACAGGACUCUGAUCAUCACAAAGGCCGGAGUGGAGAAACUUGGGCCAGACUGCCCUACACUGACCGUCCCAUCUAUCUGAAAGGUGAUUUCUUUGGCUCUGAGGAGUGUGGUUUCUACUUAUACCCUGUGUUUGCUGAUGGAGAAGGGGAACCUAUGUACGCUACAGCUACCAGAGGAGACCCUGCAGCCUACAUGCUGCUGAUGAUCAUCUCUUUCCUCUCCAUUGUCCUGUUCGUCACCCUGAUCCUAACCCAAAACCAGAUGAAAAAGUUUGUGUGGAAGGAUGUACCCAACCCGAACAAGUGCUCCUGGGCCAAAGGACUUGACUUCAAAAAGGCUGACACCUUUGACCACCUGUUCCGACCUCCAGAGAGCCUAUCAGCCUGGCCGCUGCUUUUGCCAUCUGAGAAUAUUUCCAAAGUUGUCAUAGUGGACAAAGUCGAUCUCUCAGCUCUGCAUACAGCUUUAAUCCAAGUCCCAUGUGUGUCCCUAACUCCUGACCAACCUACAACCUUAUCUGUCUCCCCUCCUCCCGGGUUUGACUCAGAGGUCGACCAAGCCCAACCCAUGGAGAGUUACUUGUUUCCAGCUGGAGCUCCUUCUUUAGCCCUUGAUAUAGAUGCUUUAACCAGUUCAAGCCCAACAAUAGACCAGUCACAGCUAGUUGAUGCACCGGCAGAGCAGCCCGGCAGCACUGACAGCUCUGCUCAGUCUUCAGUCACAUACGCCACUGUGCUGCUCUCCAAUCUGAAGCAGGAGCAGCAGCCCAUUCAUCUCCACUACAAGGAUGGCAGUGGCAGCAGCUCCAGUGACGAGGGUAAUUUCUCUGCCAACAACUCAGACAUUUCUGGAUCUUUUCCUGGCGGCCUGUGGGAGCUGGACAGCUGUCGAGGUGGAGAAAUGGAUGAUCCGCGGCGCUCCUGCUCCUUCAACUCAGUGGAGGAGCUCUCUGAAACAUCAGAGCCAGAAGAUGGAGAAGAGGAGGUGAGAGGAGAGAAAGACUUGUAUUAUCUAGGAAUGGACUACCCGGCGGAGGACGAGGAGAGCGAGGAAGAUGAGAAACAGACAGAAGAGGAGACAAAUAUUGAGCUUCUUAAAAAUGUUGUUUUGAGCAGAGAGGACUGUUCUGUGGAGUUGCACCCUUUGCUCGGCCCUGAGGACUCAAGCAAACCGCUGUUGGCACCAACACAUGGCUUUUCUUCGCUGUACCUGCCUCAGUUUAGAACUGCUCCGAGCACGAGGCAACUCACAGCUCAACAGCAAGAUGGCAAACCACAGCAGUGACUCUCACAAAGAACACAUUAAAUUAAAAUGUGCACCUUUAAAUCCGUCGUGCUGCAUGCAUCAUGUUUCAGCAUAAACCAAAGCGGAUUUACAUUUUGUGGUCCUUCAGACACAGUGAGGUAUGCAGAGGAAAAAAAUACCUUGACUGACGUAUGAUUGCAAAUUGAUGUUCAUCAAUGCUGCUAUUGUGUUCUAUUGGACAUCAGGUGGGCACAAGCCUCAGUUAUAGGCAUUUCUUUCUUUCUUUAUUGGGCUUUGAAGCCUAGAUUCUGCUGUGCCACAUGGCUCCUCUGCAGUCGGUUACUGAUGCAGGAGCACCUGCUGAGAAAAUUGACCUUUCAAUGGAGGUAAGGUUACCAGAGAUGUAUACAUUUUUCACAGAGAGUAGUAGGCAGUCUGCAAAAGCACUACAUUGGUCAGCAGUAGGAGGGUGAGAGAAGUGUUCAAACAUCCUGUACAUACAGCAUAUUUCAUGGGUGGUCAUACCUUUGAUGCAUGUUAAAAAAAAUGUGGUUAUGCUGUCUGUGCCUACAUUCACUCAUCUGCUGCCACUGUAAAGUAAACAAGUUGUCUUUUAUUCUCUGCUGAAUUAUGUUGGAUACAUUUCAAAUGAACCAUGGAGGAGAUUAAGAAAUAACCGCACAGAUAACAAGAGAGAAAAGACCUUAAAUCUGCAGAGUUUGGCUUCUUCUAAGCACAUUAGACUGUGAAGUGAAGACAAAUCUUGGAUUUAACUUCAAAGCUAUCAGUGUGACUAACAGAAAUGCAGAUUUAAGAUGAAAACAGAUGUAGUCUGAGUAAUUGCAGGUGAUUUUAUGACAGAAUUUACUGCAUUUGUAGUCAGCUUGUGCAACAACAUCUGCAUGCACUAACUCACUCAUCAACCCAAAUAAUGUCUUUGUGCUGUAAUGUAUUUGAGACUUUGUUACAGUUUGUGAGAAAUGUGAUAUCUAUUUUUAUUUUUGUGUUUGGCCAUUAAUAUAAAAAAACACACUGUCUGGUGUAAAUAAAAGACUAAAGAAUGUAUCUUUGAAACCAGAAUAAGACAAAAAUGAAAAGUUAUGAAAAUAUUUGUUGAAAGAAAUUGUUAUUUGUAUACUGAGAUAUUUUGUCUAUUUUUCAUGGUGGAAAUAAAGUGUUUAUUGUGAA